UCUAAAACCUGCAAAGGAAAGCGAGCUAGGUGCUGAGCAUCAUCCUGGGGAGGGUGUUUGGAGAUGUUUACUCCUCCUGAUUUUGUGGAACAAUAUUAGCCACACCGCCGCCAUGCCGUAGACAACCCGCCGGGCGUUUAGAUGAAGCCUAGCGGGGACUACAGCAGCGAAGAAGCGGGGUGGCUCUAACCGAGGGAAGGGAGGAUGUACUGGGCUGCUGGCUUCGCCUCUUCUCGGCCGUGUGUGGUUGAACUCGGGCGGAAUCACAGCCUGCCCCUCGGGCUGUGUGGCUCCGAGCAGCAGCAGUCAUUGUAUGGCUAUAUCAUCGCCUUCCCUUUACAGGACUACGGAGGCAUCAUGUCGGCUCUGGGCUCGGACUCCUGGUGGAAGAAGACCCUGUACAUCACCGGGGGGGCCCUGCUGGCUGCUGCAGCCUACCUACUGCAUGAACUGCUCGCCAUCAGGAAGGAGCAUGAGUUGGACUCUAAAGACGCCAUCAUCCUCCAUCAGUUCUCCAGGCCAAAGAAUGGCGUGCCCAGCCUCUCACCCUUCUGCCUCAAAAUAGAGACAUACCUGCGCAUGGUGGAUCUGCCUUACCAGAAUUACUUUGACGGGAAGCUGUCGCCGCAGGGUAAGAUGCCCUGGAUGGAGUACAACCACGAGCAGGUUUCAGGGUCCGAGUUCAUCGUAGACUUUUUGGAGGAGAAGCUGGGUGUCAACCUCAAUAAGAAUCUCACCCCGCAGGAGAUAGCUGUGUCCCGAGCUGUGACCAAAAUGGUCGAGGAGCACCUCUACUGGACGAUAGCCUACUGUCAGUGGGUGGACAACCUGGAGGAAACUCAGAAGCUUCUGGCGAUGAGCGGCCCUCUGAGUGACACGCUGAAGUGGCUCCUGGGUCACCUGAACGGCAGCAUGGUGCGCAGGGAGAUGUAUGGCCAUGGCAUCGGACGCUUCUCUAAAGAGGAGGUCUACACACUGAUGGAGAAAGACAUGAGGACGCUGGCCACACUGCUGGGAGAUAAGAAGUACUUUAUGGGCUCUAAGAUGUCAACAUUAGAUGCUACAGUGUUUGGACUUCUAGCCCAGGCUAUGUGGACUCUGCCUGGGACACGACCAGAGCAACUCAUCAAAGGAGAGUUGAUCAACCUGGCCAUGUUCUGCGAGCGGAUGCGGAGGAGGUUCUGGCCCGAGUGGUUUGUGGAGGUGGAGGAUCUUUAUUAUGACGGAGACAGUGAGAGCAGCAACGACGGCUCCCCUACAGGCCUGCUGGACUUUGGCCUCUUCUCCAGGACUGACACUCUGGACGGCAGCGACACCAGCAGCCAGUCUGCCGGACACACGCACACACACUCCCCGGACUCUGACCGCUCACUCUUUGACUCAGAUGUGGGAACGGGAUCUGACAAUGACAUUCAUCUUAAGGAGGAGUUAAUGCCUGACCUGGAGGUUUGACCUGACAAUAGCUUUGAUUGGCUCUCAGAUUGAGACUGACAGGAGGCUGGAAUUGUGUUGGUUAGCCUGAAAAAUCUGGCAACCUGAACAUGUUGUCAGACAACAACUCUCACAGCUGAAGAAACUAUUCCAGCUCCUCCACCUCUUAAUACCCCAAAUGAUAUACCUUCCAGAUGGACGGACUGGGUAUUAUUAUGCAGAGCAUACAAAUGGAAUCUCUUAAUACACAUGCUAUUGUAUGGUUUAUCCCUUCCUGUAGUGUCAAAACUGUCCCUGUGGCAGUUUCUCUUUGCCUUAUUUGUCUUGUCCCAAGAUACGGAAGCUGGUGUGAAAGGUUAACACAAAGGAAACAUCUCAUGAAAAGUGCGGAGACGACAGAAGAGUGCUGUAGACAAGACAGGUGGCACUUCACUUGCUAUGAAACGAUGCAACUAAUCACCACUCUGCCGUGUGUCUUAAUGCACAAACCCAUUUGAACGGGUGGAGAUUGAUCAUGUGGCUAAAAGGAACAGCUGCUGUGUCUCAGCUGUUAACCAUCAGUGUGCUGGAGAGGAAACACAGAUGACACUGAGUGCCAGUCUAUGCCCUAGAUUGAUCCUCAUGUCAUGUCCUUUAUGCUACUGUAUGUGGGAAGAACCUGUAUCAAAACAUAAUGUAUGUGUCAUCAGACCGCAACCCCAGAUGUAGGCCGAUGGUAUCUGGUAAGUCAGAAGGAAAAUGAGCAGAUAUGUGCCUGUUUCAUUUACCGUUUAUCAUCCUUAUUUGCUUGCACUUUGUUGUUAAUGUAUAAAGCUGUAAAUUGUACAUUUGACCACUAGAUGGAGUCAGCAGUCAGCCUUAUGCGUCCUUUAUUCUGUAACAUCAAGGUCAUUCCACCCUGAGGACCUGCAGUCUAUUUAACACAGCAAAUGAUUUCUCCUUCAGUCCUAAACUUUAAUAUUGUGGUUCCCAUUCAUAGGUAACCUGUCCGUGUGUGUGUGUGUGUGUAGGUGUGUAGGUGUGAUGUGCGUAUGCCUGCAUACUUGCAUACUGCAACAAAUCAGCCUUAGUUCUCUCAGACUAAAGAAAUUGGUGAAAAUAGUCUGUGACAGUUUUUGUUGUGAUAUAAUUUAUUAUCAGUGCCACUUUAUUAUUCUGUCUAUAUGAUCUAAUGUGUCAAAUAUAUAUAUUUUGUUAAUCUAUGUUUUGUUAUUGCUCUCAAAGAGAGAUGUUAUUUUGCACUAAUGGAAAUUAAUUUUCACCUUAUUUCAAUGGGAGCUUUCUGCUAUAGUGAUAGAGGAUAGGACAAAUGAAUGGAAAACAUAAAAGUGUAUAUCAGUAGUACAGGACGCUGAGUGUUCUGAUUGUGCUGUGAGGGGACUGUGCAGCUUAUGUUGGCAUUGUGUGUAUGAAUUUUACUGGGUGUGAAUGUCGUCAAUGAAGCAUUUGAUGAAGGGUUUUUGGAGAGACAGAAUACCAAAUCAACAGAACUGAACAUUGUUAGUUUAAAAAUCAUGGCUGUAAAAUGGACCAAUACGUGUUGGGAAGUGUUUGCUUUUUUUUCACAUUUAGCUUGGUGGAAGUGCUCGUAAUGGCAAUACGAUGGCUGUAAAAAGAUAUUGGUACAUAUAGAGUAGAUGUGACUUAGGGGUCAGUUCACCCAAAUUACAAAAGAAAGAGCAUUAUUGAGCCAUGCAGAUAGCUUUGGUUUUAUUUUUCCAGGUUUCCGAUAUACAUGUAAAUGCAGAUAUAUUUAUAUAUCUGUAAGAUUUCUACCUCUGCCUCAAUACAAUAAAGAGGGAUGGAAUUUU